GUGAACGCCCUGCUCUCUGGCCAUAACCAUCUUGCACACCUCUGACACAACCAGCCAACCAUCAUAUUCACCCAUACCAUGUCUGAGCAAAAGCACCCCCGCGUCCUCUGCCUCCCCUAUCCUCACUUCGACAACCUCGAUCUUAACGGCCCACUCGAGGUGCUCGCCGGCGCAGAGUGGGACAUCGUCGUCGCCGCCGCGGACGAGUUCACGCAAGUGGGCCACGGCUACUCGCUGCGGCGCAGCAUCACGUACGCCGAGGCGCUCGCCACACUCGACUCCUUCGCCGCCCUGCUCAUCCCCGGCGCGGCCCCGGACGCCAUCCUGCCGUACCUCAAGGAGGGCGAGACGCACUUUGACGGGCUGCUCGACGUCGCGGAGGCGUUCACGAAGCUCGGCCCAGCGGAGGACGGCACGGAGCGGGUGAUGCUGACCGUGUGCACGGGCUCGCUGGUGCCCGCGUAUCGGGGGCUGUUCGACGGGCUCAGGGCGACGACGCAUUUUAUGGCGUAUGAUCUUUUGACGGAGGUGAGCGAGGGGUAUAGGAAGAGGAACCCGGGGGCGGCGAAGGGCGUGACGCUUGUGGGGCCUGUCGAGGGGAAGGAGCCGCGGGGGCGCUGGGUGGAUGCUGGGAGGAACGCGCAUGGUGUGCGGGUGAUUAGCGCGGGCGGGGUGAGCUGCGGGAUCGAUGCGACGCUGUUUAUCGUGAGCGAGCGGUAUGGGCGGGAUAAGGCGUUGAAGAUUGCAGAGAUUAUGGAGUAUGCGUGGAGAGAGAAUGUUUAGGCCAGAUCAUACUCUGCAGGAUAGUGAAUUAGUUGAAGUUAGCUUGUAAGGCUAUGUUAAGGGACACAAACGACCAAAACUCACCUCAUUGACUUUGCG